UUGACAUUUCAUAAAAAUGUCAUUAUUUUAGUUUAUAAGUAACUUCAGUAAAAUUUAACAAAUUACUGGAUAACGUAUAAAAUUCUUGAUGUGUAAGCUUUAUAAAAGUGUUCAAUUUGGCUAACCUUUUGCUCUAGAUAUACUACGUAUGUUAUUAGAUUCAAUGGUUCGAUGACCAUGAAAGUUCUACAGCUAAGAGUAUGUUUUGUUUUGUAACUUAGAUUCAAAUUUAACCUUUAAUCUGUUAUAUCAAAUAAAAUCCAAAGGUUCCAAAGCAAAAAUUCAGAGAAGUAAUACAACUAUUUGUGCUAUCAAAUGAUUAUGACUUAUAGAUAAAGAGGAGCAGAAGCGAGAACACGAUAACAAGAGGUGACUAAGAGCACACCUUAAUAAACUAUCUGCGUAUAAAUGAGUGUUGUUCAAGAUAGCAAUAGCUAAAAUAUUGCAUAUAUUUUCCAACAAUGUUAAUUACAACAGUUUCACUAAAUACAACAAAGAUAGUCAAUCAAAGAAGUCAUGAUAAACAAAAUAAUCUAAAAAUUGUGCCAAACCUCGUAAAUAAAAUCAUACGUAUGUCAUACAAAUGUAAACGAUAGAUUCAAUGUAUUAUUUGUAUGCUGCGCUAUUAAGAACUGAGCGAACACCAAAUUAGCACAAAACGUCGUAUUCCAAAUAGUUUACAAAUUUAACAGCUAAGAAACAAUUUAUUGGCAUAUUACAAGAGAUUGUGCUGUUCAAAUUAAAUAAGUAUAAAGUAAGUAACUAAUCAGCUAUCACUGUGGAGAUAUCAAAGGAUAUUGGACGUAGAAAAACGCGAUUUUUACGUAAACUAAACCAAAAACUUACGGCAAUGCGAACGAAGCAUUUUAUUUUAAUACUUUGCUGUGUUAUAAUUACGACUAUAUUUUUCAUAAUUUUGGGACCAGCGGGGGAGCCCAACGAUUCUUUAAAAAGUAUUGUUACUCAUACACACCAGCAACUAAACAAACUACAGGAAAAUUUAAGGGUCACAGAAAAGAAGAAACUUCAAAUAGACUCAAAGUAUUUGACAUUAUUGGGGUUCACCAAUUCGAUAUAUACAAAGGAAUCCGAAGCAUAUAAUCAUUAUAACAUAGAAAGUGGCAUAAAGUAUGAUGGAGGUCGCCAAAUUGCACUUCCUCAACAAAAAUCUUCAUACAAUCUAAAGGAAGACAAUAUUCCCGACGACAAAUCAUUUGUAGAGAUAAUACCUUUUAAUGGUACUAAAUCAAAUUUUUCCAUAGUAACGUACGUACUGGAUGGCCAAGCACCUUUAGCAAUAUUACUUGCUCAAAAUGUUGCUGCGAAGUUCCCGGAAGAUCAUUUACUAAUAUAUGAUCUCGGCUUAUCAGAGGAUGAAUCUCGGGGAUUAACAGCUUAUUGCAACAUUUCCAAAUGUUCAGUUAUAAAUUAUGACCUAUCAGUUUUCCCAUCGCAUUGCUUAGAUCAUCGCAUGCACGCCUAUCGUCCGAUUGUGAUAAAAGAUGCAUUGACGCGCUCUAAAAGUAUUUUAUUUACAGAGAAUUAUAUUCGCUUUCGAGGUGGUAACCAUGAGCUGCAAAAAUUACGGAGUAAAGCUUUAGUUUCUGGCGUGUUGAGUUGGAGUACCGCAACUGCAGUGUCUACCCGCACGCAUCCAAAAAUGUUUGACUACUUUCAAACGGAUGCUGACGAUUUCAUUUUUCUUCGGAUGAUUGAUCUCGACGUAACUUUAUUCUUGGACAGCCCUUUCGUAGAAAAUAAUAUAAUGUUGCCCUGGUUAAAAUGUGUUUUAACAUUGGAGUGCAUUGAUCCCAUCGGUGCACAGUGGAACGGCUGCAAGUAUAACAAAAAACCCCAGUAUCGAUACUCUGGAUGUCAUGCUUAUGACGUUUCGGCUUUCAAUAUUGUUUUGGGUCUAACAUGGCACUUAGAUGCUUCGAAAUACUCCAUGCCAAGCGAAGAAACCAAUUUUUUUUAUAAAGAAACCUUGGAAAAGGCUACUAAAAUACUAGAAAAUAGGCGACUUAACAGCAGUGAUACAUCAGAGCACACCAUAACUGAAGAGUAGAUCUAAGUAAUUAGAAAUCUUUGUUUUUAAAGAGUUAAAACAAAUAUUAGUUAUUAUUUUGGAAAAUUAAGAGUCCACAAAAAUUAAUCUUUAGUAUUUAAAAACUAUAAUUGAUAAAUAUAUGUAUUUGUAUAUAUUUGUUUCCCUGCGAAUGUAGAAAACCACGCCUACAUGCUUACUUCUCCUGUUGCGAGCCAUACCAGUAAAAAUUAAAUACUGCAAAACCGCUGAAAAUACUGAA